GCCACAGGGCCCAGUUCCGGGGAAAGGCCCCAUUUGGCGCAGGGGUGUGAGGUGGUGGAGUAUUGUUGAAGGAAUGCCCAGAGACUGAAGGGAACAGCUGUAGCGGCUGGCGGUCUGAGGCCAAGGCGGGACAAUCCCAGGACACCGGCACCCUGAAAGAGCGAAGUCUGUGAGGACGCCUGUGACGGCGAAGGCGAGGCUGUGAGAAGGCCGUGGAGGGCCGGCAGCUCAGCGGACGGGCGUGAAGGCCGAAUCCUCUGGAAGCUGUGCAGACACCUCACGGGGACACGGAAGGGCUGGAGCCGUGUUCGGGUCCGAUUCUCGGUGAAGAGGGGGCUCCCGGGAAGCGGACUUGAGGGUGAAUACAGACUGUGGAGAGGCUCUCACUGGAGAGCGGUCCUCAGGAAGACGGGGGAUAGGAUUUGGUUCUCAGGGCGGCGGGCCCUGAGGAAUCCCAGUUCAGGCAGUGAGCAUUGGGGCCUGAGGGCGCACUCUGCUUUGCGUCCGCGGGCAUUGGACGCCCUGGCUUGCCCAGCGCAGACAACCCCAGAGAACGCUGAAAGCGGGAAGCGAGCCGAGCGGGCAGCGAGCCCAGCGCGCGCCAUACGCUGUGGCGCCUCAGGGAAGCCCGCCCAUUCGCCAACACGCACUGUUCUCAUUGGCUACUUAAUUCAAUAAAUCGGGCUGAAGUCUUACAUCCGGUGAGAGCGAGGUCAGGUCCCGGAGAAGCCGGAAGUGUUGUCUGGCGCGCGCUUCCCAAAUGGGCCGCAACGCAGAAAUCUCGGACGCACCGGCUGGCCGUGUCAGGCAGAAGAUUCAAUGGGGCAUCGUACUCUAACCUCCGUGCCAGCCCUGUUUGCCUCCAUCCCCUGUCCACGCUCUGAGCUGUGCCUGGACCUGGUUCUGGCUUCUGGACAGUCCUUCCGGUGGAGGGAGCAGAGCCCUGCGCACUGGAGUGGCAUCCUGGCAGACCAGGUAUGGACACUGACCCAGACUGAGGAGCAGCUCUGCUGCACUGUGUACCGAGCAGACAAGGCCCAGAUUGGCAGGCCCACACUAGAAGAGCUAAAGGCUGUGCGCCAGUACUUCCAGCUGGACGUCAGCCUGGCUCAACUGUACCGACGUUGGAGUUCUGUGGACCCCCACUUUCAAGAGGUGGCUCAGAAAUUCCAAGGUGUACGACUCCUGCGACAGGACCCCAUUGAGUGCCUUUUCUCCUUCAUCUGUUCCUCCAACAACAAUAUUGCCCGAAUCACUAGUAUGGUGGAAAGGCUCUGCCAGGCUUUUGGACCUCGGCUCAUCCAGCUUGAUGACAUCACCUAUCAUGGCUUCCCCAGUUUGCAGGCCCUAGCUGAUCAUGGGUGUGAAUGGCUUUUGGAAAAGUUCAAGAACUCAACUGGGGAGUUCCUCAGGACAGCAAGUCCUCAGUCCCUUCUUCAGUGCCCAACACCCAUAGUAGGACCGGAGGUGGAGGCUCAGCUCAGGAAGUUGGGCCUGGGGUACCGUGCCCGCUAUGUGAGUGCCAGUGCCCGAGCCAUCCUGGAAGAAAAAGGUGGGCUUCCCUGGCUGCAGCAGCUGAGCAAGGCACCCUAUGAGGAAGCCCACAGGGCCCUCUGCACCCUGCCUGGGGUGGGCUCCAAGGUGGCAGACUGCAUCUGUUUGAUGGCCCUAGACAAGACCCAGGCCGUGCCUGUGGACGUCCACAUGUGGCAGAUUGCUCAACGUGACUAUGGCUGGCACCCCGCCACAACCCAGGCCAAGGGUCCAAGCCCCCGGGCCAACAAGGAACUAGGAAACUUUUUCCGGAACCUAUGGGGACCUUAUGCUGGCUGGGCCCAAGCAGUGCUGUUCAGUGCUGACCUGCGCCAAACCCACCAGCCUCAGGAGCUACUAGCAAAGCGCAGAAAGAGAUCCACAGGGCCAGAGGGUUAGGCAGGGGGUACUCGACAAAGGGAUUCCCCAAACACCUUUCUCCUCCAUUCCCCACUUCUCUCCUCCAUCCAGUUUUGUGUUGGAAUGGAGGCUUCCUUCAGUUAUAUCAGGGGUCAGGCUCCCUCAAGUCAAGCAGUUUGCACAACAAUAUGGGGUGGGGGUUAUCUGGAGAGACAGAGCUGCAUGUUGUUUCAUCUUCUUCCCUUUAUUACAAGAAGGAACAAUAAAAUAGAAACAUUUGUAUGGAAAA